UGAAGAAUGGAUCCACAUCAACAACUCAUCAUCUUCCACUACAUGCAUCAAUCCACCCCCACCUCCUCCGAUCACACUUCAUCACAGGCACCAAUCAAGAAGCUUUCCACCGCCGAAACGAAUAAUCACCCCACAUACCGCGGAGUCCGGCGGCGGAGCUGGGGAAAAUGGGUUUCGGAAAUCCGAGAGCCCAGAAAGAAAUCGAGGAUAUGGCUCGGAACCUUCGCCACCGCCGAGAUGGCCGCGCGAGCCCACGAUGCGGCCGCCGUCGCGAUCAAAGGCCGCUCCGCCGUCCUCAACUUCCCGGAGCAGGCUGAGAAACUGCCCCGCGCCGCCUCCAAGUCUCCGAAAGACGUGCAGGCCGCCGCCGCCAAAGCGGCUGAGCUGGUGGUUUCCACGGCUGAGCACGGCGGCCAACUCUCAUCACCCGUGUCUUCUUCUUCUUCUUCUUCUUCAGCUGAGGAUGAUGCAUUUGUUGGUUUACCGGAUCUGUUCUUGGGUAUCGACGGCCACUACCGUCUUGAUACGUGGUUCUGCACAGCGGCGGCGGCGGCGGCGUCGCCGUGGAUGGAGGCGGCCGGUAGUGAGGCUGGUCAUGCUGAACCUUUCUCGUGGGACUUCACUUGAAUUUCUUUGCAGUAUAAACCAAACCAGAACUUAAAUAAUUGCAUGUGUUGGCUUAUGUGUAGUAUAUAUUCAAAAAUAUACUCUCUUUUGCUUCCAAAAAAAAAAUCUCUCUUUCUCAGUUUAUCGGUCAUUUUAAUUUUAUUAAUUUAAAUAUUUAUAGCUCA